UUAAAGAAAAGUUUUUUUGCGGGAUUAUUAAUUAAUUAACUAACGUAUAAUGGCGCGCCUUCACCUAGUUCUCCUCCUCCUCCUUUUGGUUGCCGUCUCCGCCGUGCUGGUAUCAGCGGCUGAGAAACCACCAUCGGCGACCACGGCCGAAGGUCCCGCCGCAACAACUCCAACCGAUGUAGCGGAGGUUCCAGCUGGAGACGCCAACACCAUCGGAACAACCGACGACGAUGCAGCUGCUACUCCGGGAGAUGACGACGUAGCAGUAGCAGGUCCUAUCGGAAGCGAUUCUUCAUACGCAAACUAUCCGCCGGCUCAAGAAACUUCCGGAAGCUGUGUCACAUGCACGAUUGGCUUUGCUAUUAUCUCUGCUGCGACGGUUGGUUCGCUCUUCUUAAUUUUAUGAGCUGCAAUUUGUGCGUGGAGUUAAGGAAAGUAAAUUAUAUGGUAAAUAUGGAUGUUUUGUAAUGUUUUUUUUGUAGAUGUGUAAGCAUUUUGCUUGUCCCAUCAUCUAUAAGAUUAGGACGAUACAGAUCACUACAUCAUAAAACUCUUGUAUUUGAUAUGGCUCUAUGGUUUAGUCUUACUAUAUGUAUUGUAAAUAUCCCAAAUCCAGUAAUUUCGUGCAUGGAAC